CUUACACAAGUUCACUGGAUGUCUACAAGUGGUAGACUUUACAUUCUUAAAUGCAUGGUUUGUCAGACUUGCUACUUAUCAUCAUUGUGUGGCACCCUAAUAAGCUCUUAUCUCUAUAGUACCAUUUUCUAUCCAGUUUUCUUUGGUUUCUAUCUCUUUUUUUUGUUCAUUCUGGGUAAUAAAAGGUGACUUACAAAUAUUUUUGUCAAGAGUUGAGUGGGCUUUCAGAAAUAUUUCCUAACAAUAAUCUGCACAAUGCUUCAAAAUUAAUAGCUCUCUUUUCUUAUUAUUUAUGUGUUUAAUUAGUGCAGAUUCACUGAAAAUGUGUUUUUCUUUGCAUAAUCUCAUUUGGCUGAGAUUAGAUGAAUUUAAGUAGUGCUUAUCUCCCACAGAAUUUUUUUUCAUUUUACUAAUUUGUUUACUUAGCUUAUGAUGGUCUUUUCUUUAGCUCACAUGGUGACUUUUAAAAGCCAAAUUUUCAUCAAACAGCUUAAAUUUAUUUAUUCAUCUUGCAUCAGUUUUUACACUGUUUGCUUUAUUUGAUUUAUGGAAACAGCAAGUUUCGCAAAGGGAGGUGCACAAAGAGCAUUAGUAAGUUAGAAUGCUAGUGUGCUUGCUUACACUGCUCAACUGGCUAUGGUGAAGGGCAAAGUAAUACAUAGGCGCUUCCUUUGCUAAUGAGCUUGCCAUGUUGCAGGUAGGAAUAAUUAGCAGUUCUUGACUUCAUCAUGGCUCAUCGACCCCCUACCGUCAUUUGCUACAUCUGUGGGCGUGAGUUUGGUUCCAGGUCAGUAUCAAUUCAUGAAGCCCAGUGCUUGAAAAAAUGGCAUGCUGAGAAUGACCGUCUGCCUAAGAGACAGCGUCGCCAACCCCCUGUCAAGCCAGAAAUCCUGCCAUCUAUAAAUGGAAAGGGAGACGACACUAGCCGCUUCAAUGAACUGGCAUGGCAAAGUGCUCAGGCGAACUUAGUUGAGUGCAAGAACUGUGGACGGACAUUUCAGCCAGAUCGUCUUCUAGUUCACCAGAGGAGCUGCAAGCCCGGCAAAGUACCGAGUCCUCUAAAGAAACCUGGGGAUGUUGGUUCUGGAUCAAAAGAGAAUGACCCAGGCAUUGCCAACAGGGCUGUAACUGCAGUCUUGAGUGGACCAAAAGUUUUAAACAAGAGGAUUGACCCUGACCUUGCAGGAAAUUCUCACAGCCCAGCAAGCAAGAAUACGAAUAGCAACAACAGUCCCUCAUUACGGACUGUCAGGCAACAGGGUACUCCAAAAUCAAGCUCAGGAAUGGAGAGGCAAGGGACAUAUACUUCACUCAAUCAGACAGGCCCACCUCCAGAACCCAGAGCCAGUGGUCCUAGGUUUGUACUCUGCUACAUAUGCGGACGCCAGUUUGGGACAAAGUCCAUUGACAUUCAUGAGCCUCAGUGUUUGGAAAAAUGGAAGGUAGAGAACGACAAGUUACCACCAGGGCAAAGACGACCCCUUCCCAAGAAACCGGAGGGGCUGGCAGCAGGUGGCAGUUAUGAUAUUAAUGCCAUGAAUGAGGCAGCAUGGCAGAGUGCCCAGGCAAAUCUUGUGCCUUGUCCCAACUGUGGCCGCACCUUCAACCCGGAUAGACUCGCUGUGCAUCUAAGGGCCUGCAAGCCCAAAGCUGGUGGGUCAGGAAUUAGUAAUGCCACUGGUUUAUCACCAAAGGGGGGAGCUGCAGUGACAAGCAGUGGAUCUAGAGAAGGACUCUCCAGUUCUUCCGAUCAAUAUCCACCAGAUGAGCCAUCACCAUCAAAGGGACCACGAACAGUGGUGUGUUACAUUUGCGGGAGAGAGUUUGGCACAAAAAGUUUGCCAAUCCAUGAACCUCAGUGCUUGGAGAAAUGGAAGAUUGAGAACUCAAAGUUGCCAAAAGAGUCACGAAGACCCCUUCCUAAAAAGCCACAGGUUCUUGGCUCAGGUUCUGGAAUGACUAGAGAACAAAUGAAUGAGGCUGCAUGGGAAUCAGCUCAAGGUCAGUUAGUGCCAUGUUCUAACUGUGGUCGUACAUUUGCAUCUGACCGAUUACCUGUCCAUCAAAGAGCCUGCAAGCCUAAACCUGGAACAAGUGGAAGGCUCGGAGGUACCACUUCCAAGACCUCAGAUCUAGGAUCUAGCUCUCCACCAGCAUCAAGCACUCAAGUGAUACGUAGACCACCAACUGUUGUGUGCUACAUUUGUGGCAGAGAGUUUGGCACUAAGUCCAUCUCUAUACAUGAGCCACAGUGCUUGCAGAAAUGGCACAAUGAGAACAAUCAGUUGCCACCCAAAAUGCGUCGCCCUGAACCAAAGAAACCUGAAGUACGAAGUAUAGGAGCAUCAGGAAAAUAUGAUUUCGACGCUAUGAAUGAAGCAGCCUGGCAAAGUGCACAGAGUAACCUGGUGCCUUGUGACAUUUGUGGCCGGACUUUCCUUCCUGAUCGACUUAUAGUACAUCAACGAAGUUGCAAGCCUAAACCCCCAAAAGAUUAAUAUAGUUAGCCCAUAAUUAAAGGAAUAACAGAAGCAUGUUCUUUGAAUUGUCUGAAAAAUCACAGCAUUUUUGUGUUAUGCUAGCUUAAUGAUGUUUUUGGUAAAAUUUAUACACCAUGUUACAUUUGCUUUUUCUUUUCCUUUUGUCUUUUCUUAAAUAUACUGAACUUUUUUUUACACAUACCAUCGUUAGAGAUGAGACAAAAAAACAUAGGUUAUAGUGAAUGGUUUUACCUAAGUGCUAAAUGUAUGUUCAGCUUUCUGUAGAAUGUAGGUGAUUUGUAAAGUGUUUCUUAAUUUAAGAUGAUAGAAUAAAUUGCUAAAUCUUAGUGCUUAUAGUGCCUUUUAAUAACAUAGUAUUUUGGUUAGAUGCUGUGUAGACUGGAUUUUGCUGAUUGAAACAUGUAGAUAGUCACCACUUUUUUAUUUUUGGUUGUUCAAACUAUAUAUGAAGCCUUUACUAGUUAUACAUCUCUGUUUAAAACUUAGCAGUGAAAAAUUCCAAAAAAUGCUAUUUGUGAAAUUUGUUUCAACCAUUUUUGUUACUAGAAUAUUUACUUAUUGAUUAUACAAGACCAUAUGCCAUAUUCCUGUACAAUACAAAGUUUAUUUCACUCACUUUUUACAGUAUACUUUAUUUGCUUAGAGAGACAGUCGGUUAAACAAUUUAGGCAACGUAGGUGAAGGUUGGUGACAUAUGUUGCUCAAAUAACCUUUGAGAACACAUAAAGGUUUAAAAGUGAAGUUACAGCCUGAAAAUUUUCAAAAAAAAUGAUGCUUACAUUUUUAUGUCUUUAGUGUAUUCUUAGUGGUGGGGAAAACAUAUCAGCUAAAACUAUUUCUUUAUUUGUGAUUGGUGUCUGCAAGAAUAAAUGUGUGUGAAUUAUUUUCUUUCUUAAAGUGGUUUGUAAUGAAUGACAUUCAAACAAGCGAUAAGUUUAACUAAUCUAGCAACAAAUAAAAUAAAUUUUAUAAUAAAA